CUUCAUGAGUUUCUGCUUCAGCUUCAGCUUCAGAUCGAGGUGAAUGGACUAUCGAGCACUAAAAUGGAUCUCUGUUACGAGGCUUUGAAUGGAUCCUGUGGGAAGUAUGCACGACCGUUCGGUAUCCACGUUCUGAUGCUCAUCGCCAUGAUGUUGACCACCAUUGUGACUGUCAUUGGGAAUUUACUAGUAAUCAUCUCCAUUGGGCAUUUCAAGCAACUCCACACACCAACAAACCAGCUGAUUCUGUCUCUCGCCCUGUGUGACUUUCUCCUCGGCCUGUUUGUCAUGCCGUUGAGUGCUGUCCGUUCUAUGCAGGGCUGUUGGUACUUUGGGGAUUCCUUAUCGGUCCUGUUAAUGAUCUCUAUCAGCUGGUUGAUCCCUGCUAUAUUCGCUUAUGUGAGUACCUACUUCGAGCUCAACCUUUAUGGCGACAGGGAUUUCUACGAAACGCACGUACGCUGUGCGGGAGGGUGCCAUGUCUUCUUCACCCACGGUCCGGCGGUGGUCAUCUCUCUUUUUUCUUUCUACAUUCCUGGUCUCAUCAUUAUUGGCAUCUAUUCUAGAAUCUACAUGGUCGCCCGGAACCAAGCGAGAUUGAUUAGUCUUCAGCUGAACCAGCUGAGGAGAGUUUAUCCAUCGGAAGGCGCGCAACGUCGGGCACAGAAGGCUACGAUAACGAUUGCUAUCGUGGUUGGAGUUUUCCUGGUUUGCUGGACUCCUUUUUUCCUCUGUAACAUCAUGAAUCCUUUUAUUGGCUACACAACACCCCAAAUGUUGAUCGAUGCACUUGUUUGGUUUGGCUAUGUCAAUUCCACCUUAAAUCCUUUCAUUUAUGCAUUCAUGCAUUCUUGGUUCAGAAAGGCUGUGAGGAUUAUAGUAACUGGGGGAAUAUUUCAAAAGAACAGCAGCAGACAACAGUUAGACUUGUAACCAAGACCUAAUUCAGAAUAGCAUAGCACACUGUACAAAACUGUACAAAUACAAACAAAACUCAGUCCAAACUUGUGUUAAAUAUAAAGUGCCUAUAUGUGUUCUUUUAUUAAUUUAUGGGCUUGUUUUGUCAGUUUUAUGGAGGACUUGGUAAAUGAGGCCAAAAGAGAUUGUAUGCAUUAUAAAGUCUCAUUUCAGAAAAGUAACUAUUAUAUUCCAAAGUAGGAAACACGUUAAAGUAGGCCUCAUGAAUAAGAAGUCAGUUUUAUAGUGGUUACUUUACUGAAAUUAGAUAUCCUUCAUAAUGAUGUGUGUGGUCGACAAAUGCAACCUCAGGUUGGCGUAGCCUUCGGAACGGAGAUCGCCCCCUUUAAACUAUUGAAGCAAACCUUUCUGAAACAGCCAUGAUGUAACAAAGGCUCGUUUGCUGAAGAAUUCAGAUGGCUUUGCAAAACAAAAGAUGCACAUAAGUUUUAAAACCUUCAUGAAGCAGUGUUUAAAGAGUGUUCAUCGCUACUCUUACUACUUUGCCAUAUCUUUUGACAUAUUUGACCACAUUCGCAGCUUGAUUGACAGUCGAUGUCAUUCUGUCCUCCAAACAAAUCAGACAGUAGAGAAGAUUAACUUCGGUGGACUUGAACUUGAAAAAUUGUGUGUAUUGACGUCUUUCUGUGGUUGAAAUAAAAUACGUUUUGAUGUUC